GAGAGCUGCGUGACGUCAUCGCAGCGCGCCGCACGGAGCUGCUGUUUUGGGAAGUUGCGUCGUCCACUCGCUGGAUUUGUUCCUGAACGAGGAUGCCUCUACCUGCGGCACUGCUGGCCCGAUUGGCCAAGAGAGGGAUCGUCAGACAGUCCGAUCAAGAGGUAGAUGAGGAGAUUAUCGCCGAAGAUUACGAUGACAACAACGUAGAUUAUGAAGCCACCAGAGUAGAGAAUCUACCUCCAAACUGGUACAAAGUGUUUGAUGCUGCUUGCGGUCUUCCUUAUUACUGGAAUGUGGAGACAGAUUUGGUGGCCUGGCUGUCCCCAAAUGACCCAUCUGCAGUGGUAUCAAAGGCUGCCAAGAAACUAAGAGCUGAUGGAGGAGAAGAAAGAAUUGAACGGCAAUUUGAAAAGCUAGACAGAGAGCGAGAGCGGGACAGAGAGCGGGAAAGAGAACGAGAGCGCGAUAGGGAUGACGGGAGGGACAGAGACAGAAGAAAGCCGAGGAGGGAAGACAUCGCACCGUACAACAAGAACAAACGAGGGAGAAAAGAUGAUGAGAUGGACCCCAUGGAUCCAAGUGCUUAUUCUGAUGCUCCGAGGGGAUCCUGGUCCACCGGCCUGCCCAAGCGUAACGAAGCAAAGACAGGUGCAGACACCACGGCAGCAGGGCCUCUGUUCCAGCAGCGGCCAUACCCGAGUCCAGGAGCCGUGCUUCGGGCUAACGCAGCCAACAAAAUACCAAAGGAAUGAGCUUCGCUCCCAGGACGAGGACGCAGCUCAUCUUUGCUUUGCUCCCAUCUUAACAUUUAAUGACUGACAUCUUUUCAGUAAGGUUUCUUCUCAGUGUGAGAUAAGUGAACAUGUCAGAAACUGGAGUGUAACAGCAGUGCAUUUAUACUCACGUCAAGCAGUUGUAAAUAUUUUUUUUUUAUAUCACCUGAAGAUUGACCCUCUUGUUAUUACAACAACUCUUGGGCAUCAUUUGCUAAUAAAUCUAAAGAUGACUGUGAAAAUGA